AUGCCAUGCAUCAAACAUCACAACCAACUGCAUGAUGUUAUUGAAACGCAUGCCUUCAAGUGGCCUUCAACUCCCUGGCCUAAAGAUCCCAGAUACAAGGAACUGGGAAUCUGGAACAACGAAUAUUUCUGCAACGGCUUCGAGGCUUUGAGGCUUUUACCAUGGCCCCUCUCACUAAGGUAG